AUGAGUAAUGACAAGACCGAUUCAGAGGCAAACGAGUUUAUUUUCGGAGGAUUUCAUCGAACUAGCAGAAGGGCUAUUUCGCGUGCUGAAGCUUGGGCAUUACGGCUUCUUCCUUAUGAUUUCCGUAUAGAACGGGUUCCUGGGCAUCUUAACGUUGCCGAUGCGCUGUCCCGGUUAAUAAGUAAGUCACAAGUGGAUGAGCCAUUCGACGAUGAGAAUAAUAAACAUAUGCUGUAUGCCUUAGAUGCAGCGACCAUGAAUAUUUCGUGGAUGGAAAUUCAAAACGCAUCUGAAACUGACGAGGAGUUAAAGGAAGUUAGUUUGGGUAUUCGUACAGGCAAGUGGCCUGAUCGACUUCGGCGCUACGAGAUUCAGGCGAAAUGCUUGAAAACGCUUCAUCCGUUAAUUUUCAAGGAUGAUUUAAUUGUUCAACCCAAGAAACUUCGAAAAAAGGCGUUAGAGACUGCGCAUCAGGGACACAUCGGUUGCGGAGCAACAAAACGGAUCCUACGAGAAUUUUUCUGGUGGCCCAAUAUGGCUAAAGAAGCAACGGGUUUCGUGAACAAAUGUGAGACUUGUCUAACGAUUUCCAGAAAAAAUCCUCCAAUCCCACUUUCUAGCCGUGAACUUCCCAAUGGUACCUGGGAAAUUUUACAAAUAGAUUUUUUGUCUAUACACGGUUGUGGCAGUGGCCAGUUUCUGUUGGGUGUCGACAUCUAUUCUCGUUAUUAG